UCCCUGAGCCAGAUCCCCUUCAGAGUAGACCGGUCCGUGAGCAUGAUCGAGGGCCAUGUGACGGCCAGCCCUCUUCCGCCGCCGCCGGGUCUCAGCAUCAGCAACAGCUCCUUGACCUGCCCGAAGGCUCUCGGAACGACCUCUACAGCGCCGAUGUCCGCCCGCUACAAGACAGAGCUCUGCCGCACCUACGAGGAAAGCGGCACCUGCAAGUACGGAGCCAAAUGCCAGUUCGCUCACGGGAUGGAGGAGCUGAGAGGCCUCAACAGACACCCAAAGUACAAGACCGAGCCGUGUCGCACCUUU